CCGCGUGAUCCUCCCAUAUAUAUUCCCAGCAACUAACUCGCAACUGAAAAAAUCUCUUCGCCCUCCACUUUCCUACUCCGCAAUGGCCAAAACUCCGAGCGAUUCCAAAGAGCCGGCAGUUUCAGCGGCGGAGAUGGACGAAGUCGCGAAGGUGUUCCGGAAGUUCGACGCCAAUGGCGACGGAAAAAUCUCUCUGUCGGAGCUUGGCGCGAUACUGAAUGCCCUCGGCAGUACAACAUCGCCGGAUGAAGUAAAGCGAAUAAUGUUGGAAGUUGACACUGAUGGCGAUGGUUUUAUUGACUUGAAAGAGUUCGCGGCUUUUCACUGUCCUGGAGGAGGAACGGACGGUGAUGAUAGCAAAGAGCUUCGGGAGGCUUUUGACUUGUACGAUAAGGACAAAAACGGCAAGAUCACGGCGGCUGAGUUGCAUUCUGUAAUGAAAAGCCUAGGAGAGAAGUGCUCGCUCAAGGAUUGCCGGCGUAUGAUCAGUUCCGUCGACGUUGACGGCGAUGGAUGUGUUAACUUCGAGGAGUUUAAGAAGAUGAUGAGUAGGACUUGACUUUUCAGAUUAUAAAUCAACGGUAGGUUUUUAAUUGGAACCGAUUUCGGAACUUUGUAGAUACUCUGCCUGCUUCUGUUGCUCUUGUUUGACAGAUUUCUAUUGUGCGUUUUUGCUGUCAAUCAACUCUAACUGUAGUUAGUUCUCGAGAAAUUCGGAAGCAGCAAAAUCUUCUAUAAUAUUGGACUAUUAGGAAUAUAUUUGCAGAAAUUGUCUGUUAAAAUCCAAUUUCAUUACUAUAAUUCAAAAAAGGAAAGAAUAAUACUUAAAAAAUUAAAUUUCUUACUUUCGAUUUUGUACUUGUGACUUUUACUAUAGAUGAGUCACGCGCAUUCCAUUUCA